CUGCUGAAUCCUGCAUGAGCCUAAUAUCCCUUCAGACUGUGGAAGCAACCAUCAGAAAUGUGCUGCUCUUGAACAUUUCUUGCCAGAAAUGAAGGGAUUCAAAUAAUAUCAACUCUUCAGGCAACUAGCUACUAGCAACUCUGUCUUAAGUGAAAGUAGGAUAUACCAAAGAGCUGCAGGAGAAAUUGGAGAUGCUCAAGAUUUCGCUGCCGUACAAACGGAUCAAACGAAAUUACCCAUUUGCAAAGGAAAUUUACUUGAUCAAACGGAAAUCCAUUACGACAAAGAAACACAUGGAUUUGUCCAUAGUAGUCCUGUAUUGUCGGAAACAAGACCAUGUAGGCUAAGGCAAUAUGCAGCAGAAGAUGUAGUUACCUGUUUGGACGGCCUUGUGUCCAACCAAGACCGGUUUCCUCAAAGGGGUAAAGAACCCAUCCUCAGCAGUCAUCAGAAAUUGCAUUUCGUAUUUCUAGGUGAUUCAAGAAUAAGACAACAAUUUCUAAACUUCAUAAAGUUAAUUCCAGAAUAUGAUAGAGUUAAAGCUUUAUCCGAGUUCGGACAGUCAUCCGCAGCAUCGCAACAUCGAUGUUACCAGCAACAUCCUUAAAGUGCGAGUGUCCUUCAAAUGGCUUCCCCUUGUAAACGAUACGGUUGUGAAGACGAUACGUCAGUGGACAACCACGGACUCAUCUGAACGGCCUUACUGGAUUUUUUUAAGCAUGACAUUGUGGCAUAUGCAUAACGAGCACGAAGCCAACUACCGACUUUAUCAGAGCAAGCUAAGUGAACUCGCUCCUCAUCUUGGUCAGUUAGCAAAUGUGAGCCAAGUAAUUUGGCUACACCAGUACACAUCCCUAGAUUUCUACGGAGGUAUACGAGCUUCCAACACGGCAAUAUUUGCGGAGAAAAUUGACAGCUAUAACAAAAUUACUCGCCGCAUUAUGAAGAGUUUACAUAGUGGGAUUCGCGUAUGGGAUUCAAGCAACGCUUUGGUAGAGGAAUACAUUCGGAGUUGCACGAUAAUCAAACGCGAUGAAAAAGAGAAGAAAAUAUAUCCUAUUGGACCUCAUCACGCUUACGCGUAUUUCAGUUGUCUCGAUUGUGUACAUACAGGUUAUGCAGCUCUUUCGCAAGCUACCCAACUUCUUUUUAACGACAUUUGCAAUCGCCAAAUGGAAGAGGCCCUACUGAAAAAAACAAGUGACCGCAAAUUUAAAUUUAUUUCCGAAGUCAACGGCUAA